AUAUGAACACAUUCAUUCCAGUACGCCAAAACACAGCAGUGGUAAAUGAAGUGCUUUUCUGUUGCUGUUCUAAACUUUGCUGUCGUGUUGGGAUUUUUCAGUGCUGUUUUUGCAAUAAUGUCAGCCGAGCGUCUCGCUAAAAUCCCAGAGGUUGAUUUAGAUCCCAAUGGUGUCUUCAAAUACGUCCUCAUACGGGUUCACAGCACAGACGAUGAUUCAUAUGUUGAUAUUGUAAGAGGAUACGCAUGGGCCGAAUAUCAUGCUGAUAUCUAUGACCGUGUGGCUGGAGAACUGGAGAGAGGGGGAGGAUUGGAUUGUGAGUGUCUCGGAGGUGGAAGAAUCAAACAUGACUGUGACGCAAAGAAGAUCCACGUCUACGGUUAUUCAAUGGGAUUCGGGAGAGCAAACCAUUCUGUUUCCACAGAGAAGAUAAAAACCCGUUACCCAGACUAUGAAGUAACCUGGGCAGAUGAAGGGUAUUGAGUGGGUUACAUGGGCAAUAUGACAGCUCAGUAGGAGGACUCGAUAUUCUAGGACUCCUGAUGUGCCAAGGCUGAGAAAGAACAGAACUCCUAGUAUGUUUCUGAUAUGGAUGGGUAAAAAACGUUUACUCUGAAACUAGAGGAGAGGUCAUCCUCAUUAUUUUUGAUUGGUUUUUAACUUCAUGUGUACAUUAACACAUGGCAACAAAGAGAGAAGAAUGCACUUACGUUUAUGACCAUCGGUCUUUAAAUGGCAAAUAUAGGAAAUGAUGAAAUAAAGCACAGAACAGGUUAGUGGGAAAGGUUAAGUACUUCAUUCAAACCAUAAAAUGUUAUAUAGUGCAACAAUGACAUCCUGAAAUGAUAAUAAAAUGCUCCUAUAAAUUCCCUUUUUUUGUCAUGUAUUUAAAAUGUUGGGAUUCAACCUGCUAUAUCAAAGUAAGGCAAAAUUUUCAUUAAGGGAAAUUACUGUGCUUAACUACAACAUAUAAAAUGAAUCUUGUGAUUUAAUGAUUUCUAAAGCAACAUACUAUAAAUUUGGACCCUCAAACCUGAUCCGGAGGUUGUAAACCUUGCCUGAUAAACUUGAUGAUCCACUUCACAUCUGUUUGUCAGCAUUUUUAUUAGAAGAUGCCAUUAGGAUAUGCAAUAACUUUCUUGACUAGAAACAUUAUUACAUAACGACAUCCUGAGAAUGUUAUUAACAGCAUCGUCACCACUUUGUUUUUCAUUUUCAAGCCUGAUGAUUAAGAAUCAAAAACUUCUUGUAACCAUUGCAUUUAAAUUGUUUAGUGCAAAUGAACAGAAAUGGAUUGCACAACAACAUAUUUAAUAAAUGAAUUUAUGUUUGUCUCUA